AUGACUUUUGUUAAGGCAGGUGCUUAUGUUAGUCCUAAAUCAAAGACAAAGGUUACAGGUAUAUUGUAUCUCACCAACGAUUGGAUAGUUGUUGCCGACACUAGUCCAAACUUUGUUUUUCCAGGCCACAUUGCUGUGACACAACUAAGAACUGAUAUAGUUAUAUUUUCAAAUAAGCUUAAACGAGUUAUAAUUAUCGAACUCACUUGCCCUUGCGAGGAAAAUACAAACUAUUGGCACUCCACCAAAGUCACUAAAUAUUCCUCCUUGGUUAACGUAAUUCUGUCCAGUUGUUGGCAAGUUGAUUUCUUUGCUGUAGAAGUAGGGGCAAAAGGUUAUUGCGCGAGAACAACCACGGCGUGUCUGAAAAGGCUGGGGUUUUCCAACAAAAUGGCAUAUUCCACCGCAAAAUACCUUGGUAAAAUCAGUAUGACAGCUUCUUUUUGUGUAUGGAUUGCUCGGGGUCAAGAGACUGGUCUCAAGACUCCUUAA